UCUACUGCGAUCAAGGCCGCCAUUUUUUGAUUAAGGAAAGGUGCCGCCAUCUUUGAUCCUGCUCCACGCCUUCGUCGAUCAAGGCGGGGGGAGGGAGGGGCAGCCGCCAUCUUUGAUUAGGGUACAGCUGCCGCGCUUUCUCCGAACAAGGCUCAAAGGCAAGUCGCCGUCACCUCCAUCUUUGAUUAGGGCACUACUCCGCCGCCAUGUUUGAUGAAGACAUUGGUUGGGCGAGUCACAUUGAUUCUCCAUGGAAACCUGCAUCAGCAUCAAGAUGGCUUCUAAUGACCACUUUAGUGUGGACCACCCUGGGGAUCCCCACCCUGGGGACUUAAUUGAAAUAUUCCGCCCUGCGUACCAACACUGGGCUCUCUACCUGGGGGACGGCUAUGUUAUAAACAUCUCACCACUAGAGGAAGGGCCACCAGCCUCGUUCAGUAGCGCCAAGUCCGUGUUCAGCAGGAAGGCCAUGGCAAAGAUGCAGCUGCUUAAAGAUGUGGUUGGACAAGACCCCUUCAAAAUCAACAACAAGUACGAUGACAGCCACACCCCUCUCACCGUCGAGGAAAUCGUCAAGCGAGCAGAAUUCCUCAUCGGACAGGAAGUGUCUUACGAUUUGCUCGGGAACAACUGCGAGCAUUUUGUCACCUUGCUUCGUUACGGCGAGGGCGUCUCUGACCAGGCAAAUCGAGCCAUCGGCGUCAUCUCUUUUGUCACAGCUGCUGCCAGUGCCUUCUCAUUAGCUGGGCUGUUCCACAACAGGUCAAGGCAAAGAAAUUAUUGAAGCAUUCGCUGUAAAUUAUAACUGGUAAAAAAAAUAAAUCAACAAAUUCAUCGGU